AAAGCGACAGUUGUCGACAGAUUUGUACAAAACCACGUUAUAAUUUUCGGACGAAUCUUUGCCUUAAAUAUACCAUCGUGGCUCUGCUUUUCCUACCUAAGAAUGACAAUGCCAGGUUGGGCCGCUAGCCUAAAUAAACACUCACCACCACAACCAUAUACUCCACGCUGUUUACCUGGUUUGUCGCUUCAAAAACCAAACUUUACCUUUUGCAUCAAUGGGCUCAAAUAACCCAUUCAAGAACGAGAUUCUGCGUGAGAACUCUAUUUCAAGUAAGAAGACUGUCUCCUUGCUAGAUAUAGACGAUGAGGUCGCUGCGUUGGGUACUCGUACAUUUCGAUCAAUGUCGCCUGGUGCUCCUAUAAACAACAACACAGUUUUGAGAAGAGGAAACUCUGCUAGAGUUCGAUCCAGCCAAGAAAACAAACCUCCUGUGGCUAAGGGUAACUCUAUCUCCAGAUCUUCAUCCACCGCCUCUGCUCGUUUUCGGCAUGCAGAAAAACAAUAUCUCAGUGACAACAAAUCCGGUACAAGCGCCACCGGUCUAAGCCUGCAGCUCCCUACUAAAACACCCCCCUCUCUUCCUCCUCGUAAUGCGGGACUUUCUCAUUCAAAGUCUAACAGCUCUCGUAGAAGAAAGCCCCAGGUUGUGAAACCGAGACAACGCAGAAACACACUGUUGGGCAUUGACAAAAUUGACCGACUUGAUGUGAGUGGGCUCUACGAAGGACAGGCAAGCAUUCACCACGACGGUCCUUUUGAUCCAUGCAACCCGCAUCGAAACAAGGUUUCUAGCAGAAGCCCGGUUGCAGCAUUUUCUGCUGAAAGCUUGACUGGUUCUCUUGCGUGCGUCAUGCCUUCGUCUGAAUUGCCAAGAAUUUCACUUGACGAUGGAGAGCCUCUUGGCAAUGAACUCGAACGUACUACGACGUUGGCUGACGGGAUUAACAAGACACUUUCACACACAUUUAGCAACCCUGAUGGUUCAAUAACCCUUGCUCAGCUUGGCGCUGCAAACGAGGCUGCUUCUAGUCGUGCAAAGGCCGUUCUUCCUACAGUCCAUGUAAGUCCUGCAGAAGAAGAUGAACUUGUUGCCGGUGUAGAAACUCUGGGUUUGGGCACGACGACGAGAAUUGAAGGAACGCCUGCUUCCCAAGCGGCUAUACAGAGAAGUCUGAACCAAAAAGGUCAAGGUGGUAUGUCUCCAUCCUCUUCGCUACGCAGAAAACGUUCUAUCGUUGCUUUCUUCCGCGAAUAAGUUAAUUUGUUCAUUUGCAGACCUCUAUUUUUUUGUCACAAGGUUUGAAACGAGGACGUACACCCUUUUUUUCUUUCUUUUUUUCUUCCAUAUCUCUUCUCGUCUUUGCAUUUCUCAUUUUAUCAUUUUAUGAGUCAUGAAACACGGACUUGCUCUCUCUCACUUUUUUUCCCUCUCACUCUUCCCUUUUCUGUGAUGGUUCCCCGUGUUCUUUUACGUUUAAGUUUAAUGAUUCAUCUGUAUAAUUUUCCAGCAAAACGAUUCCAUAAUAAUUUAAGUUUCAGGGAAGUUAUCGCCCAAAUUCGUAGGAGCAUCAUUUAACAAAACACAAAUG